AUGCCCAGAAAAGCCAUUGACUCGCGCAUCCCAGCGCUCAUUCGCAAUGGUGUUCAGGAGAAGAAGCGCAGUUUCAUCGUCGUUGUGGGCGACCGAGCCAAGGAUGUUAUUGUCCAUCUGCACUAUAUCAUGGCCUCAGUCGACAUCAAGCAGAACAGAUCCGUCCUUUGGGCCUACAAAAAAGACCUCCUAGGCUUCACUUCCCACCGGAAAAAGCGCGAAGCGAAGAUCAGGAAAGAAAUCAAGAGAGGUAUUCGAGAUCCCGAUACCGAAGAUCCCUUUGAACUAUUCGUUACUCUGCACAAUAUUCGAUAUGUCUACUACAAAGAGACGGACAAGAUUCUCGGAAACACAUAUGGCAUGUGCAUUCUCCAAGACUUUGAAGCCAUCACCCCGAAUCUCCUCGCCAGAACUGUGGAAACAGUGGAAGGCGGAGGGUUGGUUCUACUCCUGCUGAAAGGAAUGAAAAGUCUGAAGCAGCUCUACACAAUGUCCAUGGAUGUCCACUCCAGAUAUCGUACCGAAGCGCACGACGAUGUGGUGGCUAGAUUCAACGAGAGAUUCAUCCUGUCGUUAGGAAAUUGCGAGUCUUGCUUAGUAGUGGAUGAUGAGCUCAAUGUUCUGCCCAUAUCUGGAGGAAAGAACGUUCAACCCUUGCCACCACCGAGCAGCGAGUCUGAAAAUGUGCUACCGACGCAGAAAGAGCUGAAGGAAAUUAAAGACAGUUUGGCUGAUAGCAGGCCUGUUGGACCUCUGAUCAAUUUGGCCAAAACUGUCGACCAAGCGAAGGCUCUUCUCACUUUCGUCGACGCCAUAUCGGAGAAAACCCUCCGGAGCACGGUCACACUCACAGCCGCUCGAGGACGAGGAAAAUCGGCUGCUCUUGGCGUGGCCGUUGCUGCUGCAAUAGCUCAUGGCUACAGCAAUAUCUUCAUCACAUCUCCAAGUCCUGAAAAUCUGAAGACAUUGUUCGAAUUCAUCAUCAAAGGCUUCGAUACGCUAGAAUAUAUGGAUCAUGUUGACUAUACGAUAUUGCAAUCCACAAAUCCGGACUAUAACAAAGCCAUCGUACGGAUCAACGUUCAUCGACAACAUCGGCAGACCAUCCAGUAUAUCCAGCCCCAAGAUGCCCAUGUUCUCGGUCAAGCGGAACUGGUGGUAAUUGACGAAGCAGCAGCGAUUCCACUGCCGUUGGUCCGGAAAUUGAUGGGACCGUAUCUAGUCUUCAUGGCUUCCACCAUCAAUGGGUAUGAAGGCACUGGCCGUUCGCUAUCGCUGAAACUCAUCCAACAACUGAGAGAGCAAUCUAGAGGUGGAGUUCAUGCUAGUGGCGACGACGUCGAGAUUGCGGAUAAGGCGACAGGCAAGGCCUCUAAGGACGGUCAAAAAGUCUAUGCAGGUGGAAGAAGUUUGAGAGAGAUUACUCUGUCAGAACCCAUCCGUUACGCACCUGGCGAUGCGGUUGAGAAAUGGUUGAACCGGCUCUUGUGUCUUGAUGCCACCCUGCCCAAGUCGAAAAUGAACACUCAAGGGACGCCUCAUCCUUCGGCUUGUGAAUUGGUUCAUGUCAACCGCGAUACCCUCUUCUCCUUUCAUCCUGUCUCAGAAAAGUUCCUACAGCAAAUGAUGGCGCUUUAUGUUGCUUCCCAUUACAAGAAUUCUCCGAACGACCUUCAACUCAUGUCCGAUGCCCCAGCUCAUCAACUCUUCGUCCUGAUCCCUCCUAUACCUGAGGACGCCAACAAACUACCUGAACCUCUCUGCGUCAUUCAAGUUGCACUAGAAGGUCGAAUCAGCAAAAAGUCUGUCCUGAGCAGCCUGUCCCGCGGCCAGAGAGCCGGGGGAGACUUGAUUCCCUGGCUGGUCAGUCAGCAAUUCCAGGAUUCAGAAUUUGCCGGAUUGUCAGGAAGUCGGAUAGUAAGGAUCGCGACCAAUCCGGAGUAUUUGAACAUGGGAUACGGAUCACGGGCGCUGGAGCUUUUAAGGGACUUCUAUGAGGGCAAAUUCACCUCGUUGUCGGAGACGGACGAAGCAACAAUAGAGGAUACAGAACACAUGCCGCGCGUCACAGAUGCGGAACUCGAAGAAUCCAACCUGCUAGAUGACAACAUCAGAGUCCGCGAUAUACAUCAAAUGCCGCCGCUGUUCAGCAAACUCUCCGAACGAAGACCUGACCACUUGGACUAUCUCGGCGUCUCAUUCGGCUUGACCCAACCGCUCCAUAAGUUCUGGAAGAGACAUUCUUUUGCACCCGUUUAUCUGCGGCAAACACCCAACGAACUGACGGGCGAACAUUCCUGCGUCAUGCUCCGGCCCCUCUCAACCAGCACAACGACAGACAACUCAUGGCUUGCGGCCUACGCGCAAGAUUUCCAUAGACGCUUCCUUACUCUGUUGUCAUAUCAAUUCCGUACCUUUCCCUCAGUUCAAGGUCUAUCUAUCUCUGAAUCCGCCUCACGAGCCACACAGUCUGCUCCCGAAGACCCAUCUUUGCCAAAUGUCCGACCACUCACGAAAGUCGAUCUCGACGCCCUCUUCUCGCCGUUCGACCUCGCCCGUCUCGAAUCUUACGCCAACAACCUGCUUGAUUACCACGUAAUCCUCGACCUCCUCCCCGCUCUCGCACAAUUGUAUUUUACUGUCCGCCUCAAGCUCCCGCCUUGCAACGUCAACCUAUCAGGUGUCCAGCAGAGUAUAUUGCUGGCGAUCGGACUGCAGAGGAAGGACCUCGGGGAAGUGGAAAAAGAGCUCAAUUUGCCAAGCAACCAGCUGUUGGCGAUGUUUGUGAAGGUUGUGAGGAAGAUAAGUACGGCAUUGAGGGCGGUUGUCAGUGGAGAGGUAGAGGCGAGUUUGGGCGAGAAAAAAGAAAUCGAAAUAAAUGGUGAAGAGGCAAUAGAACCGAAACCUGUUGGUGGCAGAGUACACAUUGCCCCCUUGGGACCGGUGAAUGGUGAGGGUGAUACGGAAGAGUAUGGGGAAGAGGCUGAUCCUGGGGUGAGAGAAAAACAGAGGGCAAUGAUCGAUGCGUUGCCGCUUGACAAGUACGAAAUCUCAACCACCAGCGCAGCAGACAACAGAGCUUGGGAGCAAGCGGAGCGACAGGUCCGCGCGGCCGGCAAUAGCAACGUCGUGAGCGUCAAAAGUGCCGGGAAGUUAAAGAGGAAAAUUGACGAUGACGACAAAGCUGGAGCAGAAGAUGGCCUUCGGGGUAUGGACCGAUUAAGUGCAGGCGAUGAUCACGGCAGGGAAAGGCGGAAGAAAAAGAAAGGGGGGACAGAGGGUGACGGUGUGAGGAGGAAGAAAAAGAAGGGUACGGAGAAGAAGAGGAAGGUAUGA